AUGAGGCGUUUACUUGGAUUGCAUUCAACGAUGCGUAGUACCCUUUUCAUUGGUAGGAUAAUGUGCCUAUUACCCAUAAUGGGUCUUAAUUUUCCAGUCAGCAAAUAUUUAAGGUUCAGUCUUCGCACGCGAUACGCUAUUAUAUAUUUCAUGAGUCUCUUGGGUCAACUCGUCAUGUUCAGCACGAGCUUCCACUGGCUUCUGCAUAAUGGCAUUUCGCUGGCUACGAUUACGAAUGCUCUGUUCUAUUCAGCAAGUUUGGUCUCAUCGCUAGUGCUACCUAACAUGAGCCGCUCGUGGCCGAAGUUGGUGCGACAAGUCGAGUUUAUAGAAACAAAGUUGCCCUUGCUAACUCCCCACGCUGUCUCCUGCUCUAACAUUGUUAUGGUCUUUAUGCUGCUCGCUGCUUUGGUGGAACACGUGCUGUCGAUUCUGUAUUGUUUAACGGUUGCAAGUAACUGUAACCCGAACAAUAUAUUGCAAACAUUCUUCCAACACAACAUGCCCUGGAUAUUUGACUAUACUUCCUACAGUUUGUGGAAAGGCAUCCUGGUAGAGGUAUUCAACAUACAAUCGACUUUUCUGUGGAGCUUUUCUGACUUACUCAUCAUGGUUAUAAGCAUCUACCUAACUGAGCAUUUCGUGGUCCACAACUAUUCGCUUAAAAAGGCUAUGAAGGAGAAACAUUUUCCCUGUGUCGAGUUUCGGAAGCAAUACUGUCUCUUAGUUCGACUUGUGAAAUUAAUUAAUGAUCAUAUCGGCAUAUUCAUACUGACGUCAUUCGGAAGCAAUCUUUAUUGGAUUUGCAUUCAGUUCUUCAAUAAUCUAAACAAAACACAAACAGGGCAUUUUCUGUCGUGUCCAACUGAAAAACAAGGAAAGACUCUCACAAGCAUAGUUCAUACAGCAUACUUCACGUAUUCUUUUUCUUUUCUCGUUGUGAGAACUUUCUCUGCCCUUCUAUUGGCUGCCAGAGUCCAUUCAAAGUCUAGGGCGCCUUUGAUACUGCUUUAUGACGUACCUAGCGCGAGGUAUAAUGUUGAGAUAGAAAGGUUCAUAUACCAAGUUAAAAAUCUCAAGGUAGCUCUUAGUGGCCUGGGCUUCUUUUACGUGACUAAGGCUAUGAUUUUAAGUCUUAUCGGCACCAUUAUCACGUACGAACUAGUGUUGCUCCAAUUCGAUAAGGAAUAG